AUGUUAAUAUUUCACGAAUCUGGUGGUGAUGAUACUAUAAUGGUGUAUAAAUUUUGGAUGCGAUCAUAUGAUCCUGAAUUAGAUAAAGCAAUGAUCAAUAUACUUUAUCAAAAUGGUUUUUUACAAACAAUACCAAGUAAUAUGUUAAUGUUAUAG